GGGACUGCUGUCAGACUCUGGGCUGAGGGAAGAGAUGGCGGCGGCCGAGCAGAGUUCAAAUGGGCCAGUCAAGAAGUCAAUGCGUGAGAAGGCUGUUGAACGCAGAAAUGUGAACAAAGAACACAACAGUAAUUUCAAAGCUGGAUAUAUACCCAUCGAUGAAGAUCGUCUGCAUAAGACUGGCCUGAGAGGUCGGAAAGGCAACCUAGCUAUUUGUGUGAUUAUCGUCCUGUUUAUCUUGGCCGUCAUCAACUUAAUUAUCACCUUGGUUAUCUGGGUUGUGAUUCGCAUUGGUCCCAAUGGCUGUGACAGUUUGGAGUUCCACGAGAGCGGCUUACUCCGGUUUAAGCAAGUGUCUGACAUGGGAAUAGUACAACCAUUGUAUAAGAGCACUGUGGGAGGACGGCGGAAGGAAGAUCUUGUGAUCACUGGCAACAACCAGCCUGUCAUUUUUCAACAAGGAUCAACAAAGCUUGUUGUGGACAAAGAUAAGACCUCUGUAACCAGUGAUGUUGGUAUGGAAUUUGUUGACCCCAGAACCCAGAAUACAUUGUUCAGCACAGAUUACGAGAAGCAUGAAUUUCAUUUGCCGAAAGGUGUGAAAACCUUGAAUGUCCUCAAGGCAUCUACAGAAAGGAUCACCAGCAAUGCUACAAGCGACCUUAAUAUAAAAGUCGAUGGGCGUAUUAUUGUACGUGGAAAUGAAGGUGUAUACAUCAUGGGGAAGAGCAUAGAGUUCAGAAUGGGUGGAGACAUGGAGCUAAAAGCAGAGCAAAGUAUAAUCCUAAAUGGCACAGUGAUGGUCAGCACGUCUCGGCUCCCCAGUUCUACUACAGGGGAGCUACUGUAUGAUGGGGAAUGGGAGCGUUACAAGCUGUGCAUGUGCGCAGAUGGGACUCUUUUCCGAAUUAAGGUGGAGGGACAAAACAUGGGAUGUCAGACUUCCGAAAACCCAUGUUUAGCAACAUUCUAAAACAACAAAACCAGCAAUUGUCAGUAUUAUGCAAAACCCUUUAGGAUGACAUUUUUUAUGUGAGCCACAUAAGACAAACAUGUUAACAGUGUUAUUAAAAUGUUUUACCAAUGCAGCAUUACAGAUAUGUGCUACUGUAAUUAUGUGUGUGAAAAAAAAUAUUUGCAUGGAAACCACUUGUAUUUACAGUUUUAUUAUAUGCCAUAUUCAGUGACAUUAAUAACACCCCAUGAAUUAUUUACAAGCCCAGAAUAUCAUGCUAACACAAUCCAUCAUAAUCUGUUCUUUCUGGCUCACCAGAUCAGGUACUUUUUACGUUAAUUAUAGCAACCCGUGCCAAACCUGUUUGAUAUAGAUAUGUGUGAGUCCAAAAUGAUUGAAGUUCACAUAAGGAGAUAACUAGAGAUUCCAGAUUUACUCUAAGUGUUAAUGCUUUUUUACAGUGUUAGGCCAACUCAUUGAUAAAGAAGAAAGUUGUGGGUUUUUGUUUAACUUGAAGCCCAUAUAAAUAAAUAUUUGGGGUGAAGCAUUAACAUUAAAGGGACACUGUUGGCACCCAGACCAAUUCAGCUCAUUGAAGUGGUCUGGGUACUGUGUCCCUAUUGCACUUAGUGCCACUAUGUAAAACAUUGCAUUGUUUACAUUGCAGCUCUAAGUCUGCCCUUACUGACUGUCUACCAUACAGCAACAGCAGGAGCUUCUGGAAUUGAAACCCAUGUUUGGUCCGUUAUCUGACGCUAGACAUCCUCACGUUCUGCAUGAGGACCUCCAACGUUAGAUUUUCCCCAUAGGAAAGCAUUGAACAAUGCUCUCCUAGGGAGAAAUGCUAAUGCGAGCGCUGCCAUUGCUGCGCAUGCGCAUUAGGUCUCCCCCGCCGACAUCAGCGUGAGCGAAGCCUGACCCAGCGCUGGAUUCAGGUAAGUGGCUGAAUGGAUUUUAACCCACUCAGCCCUUCGGGAGAGGGGGCGCGAGAGAUGGGGGCACCUUUUAAACCUAUAUUGCCACGAAAACUUUGUUUUCCUGGCACUAUAGGAUCCCUUUAAUAUUAUUCAAAGAGUACUGUAAAUGUAUAUACUCUUCCAUUGAGCUAUUGAGGACAUGAGUGCACUUAGUCUCUGCUAUGCAGUUAAAGAGGACCUGUCUAUAUUGAGAUCUUUUUUUUAAUUCCAUAAAUAUAAAAGUAGCCAAAGUUUAUAUUAUUUGAUUAGUAUUAAUUUUAAUUUUAUCAGAGGUUCACUGGGGAAAAAAGAAGCUAUUUUUGUAAAGUACCCUGUCUCUGCCUUUUCAGAAGAUAAAUGUGAUGUCAGAAUUGGGUUUUGUUAAACAAAAUAUACAUAACAAUGAAACCUCUACUUUUAUUUCCUGGAUUAAUAUUAAAAAGCAAUCUCAAAACAUGACAUUCCCUCUGUAAGGUGUGCACUAAUUUUCCUGAAUUUUUACUUAUUUAUAGCUGUUACUAUAAGAGAUUAUCUACUAAUCCAUCUUUUAGAAGAUAACCAAAAUCUAUUCUCCUCUAAGGAAGGCUCAGUUUUAUUGUUGAAACUAAAAUCAUAGAAAACUGUCCUAGCUAAUAAUUUUAUAAAACAGAAAAAAAAUACCGGUACUCUGUGAACAAUGUCCCAUAAUGUUUGCGUUUACAUUUUUUCUGGAUCUUAGCUGGUUUUGGAGUUAGAAGUUUUUGCUCUCUUUUGGAAGUAAAUCAAAGAAUGGCAAAAAAAAAAAAAAAAAAACACAGCUUAAAAUUUUUAUGGAUUCCUGUAAAGCCCCAAAUAGUCCAGUUUUAUUUCAUGUGCUUUUUUUCUGUAAUAUAUAUAUAUAUAUAUAUAUAUUUCUCCUGAGGUUUGAUUCCAUGCUGAGCGGUACACUUCUUUCAAUUCUUCGUAUACACAGUUUUUAUAUUUGCAAUAAAUUUAUUUAACCUGGUUUUAGAUCAUUAACCUGAAUGUUUUACACAUUGUAGCCGGUGCCUUGGAGUAUUAUCUGAAUACACUAAUGAACAUGAGGGUGUGUGUGCCUGUUCUAUAUUUAUUUGUGUGGCUUUUUUUUCUAUUACUCUAAAAAAAGGCAAGAAUAAACUAGAUCUUAAAAUAUAUACUACUUGAAACCUUU